GUUUCCUUGCCUGCCUAGAAGAAAACCCUACUCAAAUUCUCUGCCCAGCCAGUUCCAUGUACUAAUAUUGGCACCGACUUCCACUCUUCUCUCAGUGAACUCUCUGGUUCAACAAACAGUAGCCCUAGCCGCAGGCAAGACUCCAUUCCAUCAGCCCAGGGUUGAGCGACUCGUUUGAUUAUUGCAUGCCUGAUUCUUCCAUUUUCUUAGCAGUGCGUAAUAAUUGUGUGCUAGAUCGCUACAACUAUAGUAGGACGGCCCUAGAGUAUUUAUGGAAACCAUCGUUUGCUAAUAUUCAAUCAUUUUUGGAGAGUGAACAAUAGCGGAUAUGCCCGAUAUGGAAUCUCAAAAUUCAACUGUUUAUCGAGGUGAAGAAAUCAAAGUCCUAGCUAAUGAAGCUUUUAAAGCCCGUAAAUAUGCUCAGGCUAUUGAUCUAUACACGCAAGCUAUUGAAUUAAAUAGUCAGAAUGCUGUUUACUGGGCUAAUCGUGCAUUUGCUCAUACUAAAUUGGAGGAGUAUGGCAGUGCAAUACAGGAUGCUUCAAAGGCUAUUGAAAUUGAUCCUAAAUAUUCAAAGGGUUAUUAUAGGCGAGGUGCUGCAUUUCUUGCUAUGGGGAAAUUCAAAGAAGCCCUAAAGGACUUCCAACAGGUCAAGAAACUCUGUCCAAAUGAUCCUGAUGCUGCUAAGAAAUUAAAGGAAUGUGAGAAGGCAGUAAUGAAACUUAAGUUUGAAGAAGCAAUUGCUACACCCGAGUCUGAAAGGCGCUCAGUAGCUGAUGCUAUUGAUUUUCGCUCGAUAGAUGUGGAGCAACAGUAUUCAGGUGCAAGGAUAGAGGGAGAUAAUGUUACUUUGGAUUUUGUCAAGAACAUGUUAGAUGACUUCAAGAACCAAAAGUGUUUGCACAAACGAUAUGCAUUCCAGAUAGUGUUACAAACAAGAGACAUGCUACGAGCUCUGCCUUCUCUGGUUGAUAUAAAUAUCCCUGAUGGGAAGCGUUUCACUGUUUGUGGAGAUGUACAUGGUCAGUUUUAUGAUCUGCUAAACAUAUUUGAGUUGAAUGGUCUUCCCUCUGAAGAGAAUCCAUAUCUGUUUAAUGGCGAUUUUGUGGAUAGGGGAUCAUUUUCUGUGGAGGUCAUCCUCACAUUAUUUGCGUUUAAGUGCAUGUGUCCAUCAGCGAUGUAUCUUUCUAGAGGAAAUCAUGAAAGCAAAAGUAUGAACAAGAUAUAUGGUUUUGAGGGUGAGGUCCGAUCCAAAUUGAAUGAGACAUUUGUGGAACUCUUUGCUGAAGUCUUUUGUUGUCUACCUUUGGCUCAUGUCAUAAAUGAUAAGGUAUUUGUAGUUCAUGGGGGUCUUUUUAGUGUUGAUGGGGUGAAGCUGUCUGACAUUAGAGCCAUUGAUCGCUUUUGUGAGCCCCCUGAGGAAGGGUUGAUGUGUGAAUUGCUAUGGAGUGAUCCACAACCUUUCCCUGGAAGAGGUCCUAGCAAGCGGGGUGUAGGCCUUUCUUUUGGUGCUGAUGUGACCAAAAAAUUUUUGCAGGAAAAUAAUCUAGAUUUGGUUGUGCGAUCUCAUGAAGUAAAGGAUGAAGGUUAUGAGAUCGAGCAUGAUGGUAAACUUAUUACUGUUUUCUCUGCUCCAAAUUAUUGUGAUCAGAUGGGUAAUAAGGGUGCUUUUAUUCGAUUUGAAGCCCCUGAGUUGAAGCCAAAUAUUGUUACAUUCUCAGCAGUGCCUCACCCUGACGUCAAGCCAAUGGCAUAUGCCAACAACUUCCUCCGAAUGUUCUCAUAGUCUUAUACACCUGGAAUGGCCAUUCUUGUAUUAUUUUCUGCAAUAAGAUAAGCUCUGGUGCUAAAUUGCAAGCUGUUUUAGAAGGCAACCAGGGAGGAGGUGGAGCGUGAGCGUUUUGUGAUAUUCUUGGGGAAAUCCUUUUGUUUGACAUUCAGCGCUUGUAAGAAUUUAGAGGAUACGUUUUCCUUUUCCAAUUUUCAUUUGAAUCCUGUUCAGUUGUAGGUGUAAAACAUACUUGGCAUGAAUUUUGGUGCCUUUGUAAAAUGUAUCACUUUUUUCUUUUA